GAACUCUUGGACUCAAGCUAUCCACCUGCCUCCCAAAGUGCUGGAAGGCCACCGAGCCCGCCUGGGAUUAGCUUUGGAGGAGCAUCCUCUGGGGUGCGUCCUAUCCCCCAUCCUCGCCCUUCCAGCCCUUCUGGCCACCUGAAACGCGGGCUAGACCGGAUCCCACCUCUAAACCGCCCCCAAGUAAGGGCCCCACCCCUCGCCCACAGUUUCCUCCAGAGGCCAGGUUCUAACCUCAUCUUUUUCUCUGAACCUGUUUCUGCAUCCCGCUCCCUGAGCCAACCCCAGGCCCAUCCGCACCCACGAAGAAGGAAACUGGAAUUUCUGUGUUCGAUCAGGUCCUACGUGGCUGAAACUCAAGUUCUGGAGCCCCACCCGGCCGGAGGCUCGGAGCGGAAGUAACGUCAGCGCGCCACCGCCAUCUUUACCGGCUGUGGUUCCGCAUGGUCAGUGCCAUUUCGCCUUUAUUCUGGUGGAAUCCACCCGGGCUGUGGAAAAGGAUUUCUACCUUUCUGGUGAGGUUGGCUCUGGCCCCGCAACCUUCCGCGUCCGGAACCUGGCUCUUCCGGCGUGUACCUGGACCUCAGAUAACUCUAUACAGAGAAGAAUGGGAUUGCCUCUAUUCACCUAGAUUCGUAAGCUGCCCUAAGGCGAUCUUGGCAUCAAGGAAGACAGCAUUGAGGCACACCUCACCAUCAGGUUCAGAGGAUGUCAGCCAUUGAUUUGUCCCUUGGGUUUUUUUCCAGAGAACCAGUCUGCCCUUUUGAAGAAGAGACGAAGGUAGAAAGGAUGGUGGAGGACUACCUGGCAAAUUCUUAUCAGGAUUCAGUGAUGUUUGAUGAUGUGGCUGUGGAGUUCACGCCAGAGGAGUGGGUUUUACUGGACACAACUCAGAAAUACCUCUACAGAGAUGUGAUGCUGGAGAACUACAUGAACCUGGCCUCUGUGGAUUUCUUUUUCUGCUUAACUUCAGAAUGGGAAAUACAACCUAGAACGAAACGGUCAUCACUUCAGCAGGGUUUUUUGAAGAAUCAAAUAUUCACUGGCAUACAAAUGCAGACAAGAAGCUACAGUGGAUGGAAACUUUGUGAGAAUUGUGGAGAGGUCUUCAGUGAACAGUUUUGCCUUAAGACACACAUGAGAGCUCAGAAUGGAGGGAACACUUCUGAGGGUAAUUGUUACGGAAAAGACGUCCUCAGUGUGCACAAGGAAACCUCUAUUGGACAGGAACUUUCCAAAUUUAAUCCAUGUGGAAAAGUCUUCACCCUAACUCCAGGUCUUGCUGUACAUCUUGAAAUUCUCAAUGGAAGACAACCAUACAAAUGUAAGGAAUGUGGAAAAGGCUUUAAGUAUUUUGCGAGCCUUGAUAAUCACAUGGGAAUCCACAUUGGAGAGAAACUCUGUGAAUUUCAGGAAUGUGAGAGAGCUAUCACACCUUCCUCACACCUAAAGCAGUGUGUAACAGUUCAUACUGGAAGGAAAUCCGAAAAGACUAAGAAUUGUGGGAAAUCCUUCAGUAAUUUUUCUCAACUUUCUGCACAUACGAAAACUCAUAAAGGAGAGAAGUCCUUUGAAUGUAAAGAAUGUGGAAGAUCCUUUAGAAAUUCCUCAUCCUUUAAUGUUCACAUUCAGAUUCACACUGGAAUAAAACCACACAAAUGUACGGAAUGUGGGAAAGCCUUCACUAGAUCGACUCACCUUACUCAACAUGUAAGAACUCACACUGGAAUAAAACCCUAUGAAUGUAAGGAAUGUGGCCAAGCCUUCACUCAAUACACAGGCCUUGCUAUACACAUACGAAAUCACACUGGAGAGAAACCCUAUCAGUGUAAGGAAUGUGGGAAAGCCUUCAAUAGAUCUUCAACCCUUACUCAACAUAGAAGAAUUCACACAGGAGAGAAGCCUUAUGAAUGUGUUGAAUGUGGGAAGACCUUCAUUACUUCUUCCCAUCGUAGUAAACAUUUGAAAACUCACAGUGGAGAAAGGUAAACGCAAGAUACGUGGGAAGGCUUUUCUGUAUUACCCCUAAUGUUCACCUGCGAACUCAUACCAGAGAGAAACCCCUCGUAUGUAAAGAAUGUGGGAAAGCAGACCGGGCGCAGUGGCUCACGCCCGUAAUCCCAGCACUUUGGGAGGCCAAGGGGGGCGGAUCACGAGGU